AUGGUAUCCAUGUCCAAAUGUUGCGAGGGGGGUCGAGACGGCGCAGCGAGGGGUGGGGUCGAGACGGCGCAGCGAGGGGUGGGGUCGAGACGGCGCAGCGAGGGGUGGGGGCGAGACGGCGCAGCGAGGGGUGGGGGCGAGACGGCGCAGCGAGGGGUGGGGGCGAGACGGCGCAGCGAGGGGUGGGGGCGAGACGGCGCAGCGAGGGGUGGGGGCGAGACGGCGCAGCGAGGGGUGGGGGCGAGACGGCGCAGCGAGGGGUGGGGGCGAGACGGCGCAGCGAGGGGUGGGGGCGAGACGGCGCAGCGAGGGGUGGGGGCGAGACGGCGCAGCGAGGGGUGGGGGCGAGACGGCGCAGCGAGGGGUGGGGGCGAGACGGCGCAGCGAGGGGUGGGGGCGAGACGGCGCAGCGAGGGGUGGGGGCGAGACGGCGCAGCGAGGGGUGGGGGCGAGACGGCGCAGCGAGGGGUGGGGGCGAGACGGCGCAGCGAGGGGUGGGGGCGAGACGGCGCAGCGAGGGGUGGGGGCGAGACGGCGCAGCGAGGGGUGGGGGCGAGACGGCGCAGCGAGGGGUGGGGGCGAGACGGCGCAGCGAGGGGUGGGGGCGAGACGGCGCAGCGAGGGGUGGGGGCGAGACGGCGCAGCGAGGGGUGGGGGCGAGACGGCGCAGCGAGGGGUGGUGGUGGUGGUGGUGGUUGUUGGGAUGUUUAA